UGGCACUGAGACCAAAAUUACAGUGGGGAGACUAUUAUGUAACAGGAAGGAAAAUAGUUGGGUGGUUAGGGAAAAAUUACAAAAGGAGACAAGAAAAGGAUAAGAAACAGAAACGACAGAGAAACUUGCGGUGAUCAGCAUGUCAGUAAAUCCGGACAAGAUGGAUUCACGAGCAGAGCUGUUUGAUUUCCAUGGAGUUUCCAUGACCCACUAUUUCACAGACAACUGGGAGAACAUUCAAAACUUCCAGGCCAGGCCAGAUGAUAUACUUAUUGCAACAUACCCCAAAGCAGGGACCACAUGGGUCUCAUACAUCCUUGACCUGCUGUAUUUUGGCCAGAAAUCUCCAGAGCGUGAGACAUCCAUCCCUAUCUAUGAAAGAGUGGCUUUCUUGGAGAUCUGUGUCCCACCUUUGGAGUCAGGGAAAGAUCUGGCGGACAAGCUCCCCACCUCUCCUCGACUCAUUAAAACUCAUUUUCCAGUCCAGUUUGUGCCAAAAUCCUUUUGGGAGCAAAAAUGCAGGAUGGUCUACGUGGCCCGAAACGCCAAGGACAACAUGGUGUCUUAUUUCCACUUUAAUCGUAUGACUAUGAUUCAGCCAGAGCCAGGAGACUGGAGCAACUUCUUCCAGAAAUUCAUGGAGGGAAAGAUGGUGUGCGGAUCCUGGUAUGACCACGUGAACGGCUGGUGGAAGAAGAAACAGACUUAUCCAAACCUCCAUUACAUGUUCUACGAAGAUCUGAUUGAGGAUACUGGACGGGAAAUAGACAAACUCUGCUGCUUUCUUGGUUUGUCUCCUUCGACCGAGGAGAAGAACAGAAUUGCAUGUGGGGUGCAGUUUGAUAACAUGAAAAAGAACAACUUGGUCAACUAUUCUACGUUCGCGAUUAUGGAUUUCAAAAUUUCUCCCUUCAUGAGAAAAGGGAAGGUUGGUGACUGGAAGAACCACUUCACUGUAGCUCAGAAUGAAGAGUUUGAUGAAGACUACAAGAAAAAGAUGAAGGAUCCCACUCUUCAGUUCCGCACUGAAAUUUAAACAGGACUGAACAGGCUGAGAAAACAGUUAUUGUAGCUGAUAUGAUCUGAAUUAGGCCUGUGAACUACAUAUCAUGAACACAAUAGAUAUCAUAUUCUUUAAAAACAAGAGGAUGUACUGUAUCUGUAUAAAACACAAAUAUUAACCAUUGAUGUAAUUAACCAAAUUAAUUCUUAAACAAAAAAUGUAGGUUAAGUUUGUAUCAUGUCUCUGUAUGACUGAAUGACAACUAUAAUUUACAUUGAUGCUCUCAAAUGAGACAAAGAGAUCUGUGUGAUCAGUAAUCCAAAGAUAUUCAUUUGUUCUUUCUUUUUGUGUCUGCCAUUUCUUGUACUCUGAUUAAAACUAGGGUUUAUAUCAUUUAAGUAUAUUUGUAAUAAAACAAUAAUAGAACUCAU